AUGGUCAAACUUAUUGAUAAUCGUGGAAAAAUCGUGUUAGCCCGUGCACGUUUAGAUUCGUGUUCGACCGUGAAUUUAAUCACCCAACAUUUUGCGCAAUCCCUUCGGUUAAACACCAUUAGCUGUUCAGUUAAUAUCGGCGCGGUAGAUGGCUUGUGCACCAUUGCAGAAAAGUACGGUCAAUUAGAAAUACGGUCGAAUCACAAUGAUUUUACGCAAUGGUUGAAUUUUCUGAUUGUACCUCAAAUCGCAGAGAGGAUUCCCAGCGAAAUGUUUCCCCGACAACUAUUCGAUAUCCCCAAAAAUCUUAAGCUAGCCGACCCUCAGUUUCAUCUGCCCAGAGCGGUCGAUCUGUUAAUCGCGUCGAAUACAAUGUUGUCAGUGCUCUCGGUAGUGCAAAUUAAACUCCCUCAUAAAGACUCUAGCAUUGUGAUUCAAAAAACCCGAUUGGGAUGGAUCGUCGCCGGAGGAUCCGAAAUCAUAUCGUCGUCCACUAACUCGCCGUGCAAUGUCGUAAAACUCGACAAACUCAUCGAACGUUUUUGGGUCAUCGAAGACUUCGAUCAUGACCCAGUAAGAUCUCCCGAUGAAAUUUCGUGCGAGCAACAUUAUUUGACGCACACCAAACGGGACGUCACGGGUCGCUAUAUAGUUCGUCUCCCAUUCAGAGAUUCCAAAUUCAGUCUGGGAGAAUCUCGCAUACAGGCCCUCAAACGGUUUCAGGCGCUAGAGCGAAAACUUUCAGCUAAGGCUUCACUGAGACUGGAAUACACCAGGGUAAUGGAGGAGUAA